GGCGAGUUGUUCCGGGGAGAGAGAAGAAGAAAGAUGUCUACAGCUAACGUUAGCUAGCUGCUGGGUCUCGGAAAAUGUUGCGCUCUUGAUAUUUUUUUGGUCUUUUUCUUGUUCGGGCGACGCUGAGCCUGAACUCAGAGCCUCUCCGCCGACACUGUGAAGCCUCGGGCAGAGAACAGACACCAGUGCGUGUUGUUGGAGGAGUUUUUGGGCGGUUGUGUUUGUGUUUGUGUUUGUGUAGCGGGAGGGGGUCGUGUCUCCUCCGGUCAGCUGUCCAUCAGUUAGGCGUCAGUGAGGAUUGUGGGAAACAGCAGCCAUGGCAGCUCCAGUAAACAUCCAGACUCCCAGUAAGACCUGGGAGCUGAGUCUGUACGAGCUGCACAGGAGCCCUCAGGAGGCGAUCAUGGAUGGGACGGAGGUGGCGGUGUCUCCUCGCUCUCUGCACAGCGAGCUGAUGUGUCCCAUCUGUCUGGACAUGCUGAAGAACACCAUGACCACCAAAGAGUGUCUGCACCGCUUCUGCUCUGACUGCAUCGUCACCGCGCUGCGAUCAGGGAACAAAGAGUGUCCGACCUGCAGGAAGAAGCUGGUCUCCAGACGUUCCCUGCGUCGAGACUCAAACUUUGACGCGCUGAUCUCGAAGAUCUACCCGAGCCGCGACGAGUACGAGGCCCACCAGCGCCGAGUCCUGGACCGACUCAACAGGCUGCACAACAAGGAGGCGCUGAGCUCCAGCAUCGAGGAGGGGCUCCGCCAGCAGGCCCGCUACAGGUCCGAGAGGAACCACCGGGUGAAGAAGCAGACUCAGGAAAGUGACAACACCACCUUCAGCGGUGGGGAGGAUAACGGCGACGCCCGGUCGCACCUGUCCCACGACUCCGCCCCCUCACACACACCCCACCCCUGCGGUCAGACCCCCUCGGAGGCCGGGCCGAGCCGCAAGAGGCCGCGGGUCUCGGACGACGGCUCGGGGCCCGAGGCGGACAGCGGGAGCCCGACGCCUCCAAUGAGACGCCACAAAGAGGGGCCGGCCUCAGAGAUCGAGCUGGUGUUCAGACCACACCCACAGCUGGUCCACGACCAGGACUACAACCAGACCAGAUAUGUGAAGACAACAGCCAACGCCACAGUGGACCACCUGUCUAAAUACCUGGCCCUGCGCAUCGCUCUGGAGGACAGACAGACCAACGGGGAGACGGAGGAGGGAGGUGGAGGAGAGGACAGAGGAGCAGAGGGAGGAGAACAAGGAGGAGGAGGAGAGAGUGGAAGAGCAGCAGCAGGUGGAGGAGGAGGUGGAGAGGGGUCGAGUCUGAGCAACAUCAGUGAGAAACAGUACACCAUCUACAUCAUGACCAGAGGAGGACAGUUCUCUACGCUGAACGGCUCUCUGACUCUGGAGCUGGUCAAUGAGAAAUACUGGAAGGUCAGGAGGCCUCUGGAGCUUUACUACGCCCCCACCAAGGACCAACAGCAACCACAACCACAGCAACAACCGCAACAGAAGUCUCCUCCUUCACAGAGGGAUGGAUGAGGGAGAUGAGUGUGCUGCUUUCUCUCCUCCUUCCAUGUAACCGUGUGUUCAUAUGAAGCUCAGCUGCCAUGAUUUUUACAUAUUAUCAGCAUUUUUUUGUUUCCAAGUUACUGACAUUAAGUUGGUCUGAUUUCAUCUGUAAACUGAAUCUGACCUGAGACCUGAUUUUAAGAAAAAAAAACCAAACCACUUCAUAACAGCUGGUAAAUGUUUGUUUUUGUUGACUUACCUGUUCUGGAUCACACUGUGACAGUUAACUGGUCAUCGACGGUCACUGUGGCUGACGGACCUAAAGAUGAGUGGGACCACUUUUUUCUUUUGUUCUCUCCUGAUACGAAGCUUCUGCAGCUUGUUUGCUUCUGUUCUGAAUCUAAAUACUUAAGAAUUAUUAACAUUUCAAGAGCCAAUGCUGUGCAAAGUUUCCUGCAGCUGCACUGAUUCAUUUUUGUAUUACCAGUGCCAAACUGAAGUUUCAGUUCUGACUCCAAAUGGGAUGUGUUUGUUUUUUCAAUUCUUACUUUAUGCAAAAGAAAUGAUUUCUUUAUGUCUCCUCGGAAAUCUAUCAUAGACCAAGUCAAAAGUGAAAUAUAGAAACUGGUAAAUGCAAUGAAACAUCUGUGGCCAUUUUCUGUCAGGAAAAGUCUUUAUCCCUACUUCAGUAUGAGAUCAAAGGUUAGAGUUGUUAAGCUUCAGUGUUGAGGUGUGUAUGUGAAAUGUCACAUUUUCUUUGUCAGAAUUAUGGGAUACAACGUCAUAGUUUGGAAAAGUGAAUAUUAUGUUUAAGGCUGUUUUUAGAUCAAAAGUGUGACACGGUGUCAGUCCAAGAAAAGUUAACGUCUCUGUGUGCAGUUAGCAUCCCAUAAUGUUGACACAGUAAAUGUCAUUUAGACGCUUCACGUUUUUCUGUUACGGCUCCUAAAAUAUAAAACUGACUGUAAUAUAGAAGAACCAGAGCAGGCGAAGAGAUUCACUUGACUUUUUCAAGAUUGAUUUUAAGAUUUCAGAUCUAAUGUUUGGCAGCAAGUUCAGAGACAUGAUACACUUUAUUGUGAGAGAGCUGGUGGUAAAGAUGUAAAGCUAUGAUUUGAUCUGAAAUUAAUAUCUGACUGAAUCUAUUUAUGAAAUCUUUGUAUAAUUUAAUUUGUAAGAAAAUGACUGAAGGUCUGCUGCUUUCUCUGUCUUUCUUCCCCUGAGCAACAGGAUGUGUGAGACAGCUUGGCACUAAAAAUAAAAACAGUAACAAAUUGUG